AAAAAAAAAAAAAAAGGAAAAAAGACAGCUCUUGUACAGAGUAUCUAUCCAUCCAGGAGUGUGCCUCCUGCCUCUCGCUUUAGCUGUUGUCACUCUUAUUUUGUCAGUCGCUUCCGUACGGAAUAGCAUCGUCCGUCGAUCUGCGGGUAUUCGUCCCAAGUUCGCUCCUUUCCGGAUAUUGGCCCUGUCAGCAUUAUUAUUUUCUCAAGACGAUACGCCAAGGAAUGGCAGUCUGAGGACAGGCGACGGGUUUCCAAACUGGCUAGAAAGCGAGAAUCUUGACAUAUAUUCAGCCAUGCCUCCGAAAAAACGGGACGAUAACUGGAUUGACGGCCUGCGGGGCGUUGCGUCCUUCGUUGUUGUCACGGGCCACCUCUGCACAGCGUUCGUGCCAUACCUUCAUUCUCCCGCCCUCUCCGAAAAUGGGCCCAUGUCCCUCUGGCAGCUUCCCAUCCUCAGACUAUGUGUCGGUGGCCGAGGUGCCGUCGCCGUCUUCUUCAUAAUCACCGGAUUCGUUAACUCAAUAAACCCGGUGAAAAAUGCACGCAAUAAUAACACGCAAGUUGCCCUGACGAACCUGGCCCGGAGCUCCUUUACGCGCUCGGGAAGACUGGUGAUUCCAACGAGUAUUGCUACGAUAAUAGGGUGGUUCCUAUGUCAAGUUGGAGCGUUUAAGUUGGCUAAGCGGGCUGAUGCCGGCUGGAUAAUGAACGGCGGACAUGAUCCCGAUCCUCUGGGCGAGUCUUUGGUGAAAUUAUUUAGGUCCCUGACCAUCUACUGGAGUUCUGGCGGUGGAGAAUAUGAUGCGACAAACUGGACUUUGGUCUAUUUCUUGCAGGGCUCGUUCCGGGUGUAUCUGGCGUUGCUGGCUAUGACUUUGGUUACUGCGCGAUUCUGGAGGAUUAUCACUGCGUUCCUGUAUGCGUACGCCUGGAUUACCGGUGAUUACCUGGUUGGUAUCAACCUUUAUGCGGGUAUCUUGCUAGCCCAGCUACAGGUCGACUACGGUUCUCGUGCUACAAAUAUACUCCCUAAGGUUGUUCCGAGCAUUCUCAUGAUCUUGGGCCUUUUCUUUUGGAGUUUCCCGCAAGAGAAUCCCCACUGGGCGCCCUGGUCCAAGAUCAUGAGGGAUUCCUUCGUUGCAGUCACACCACUUUACACCGACACCAGUCGAUACUGCGUCUCAGUCGGCAUCACGUUAUUGAUGUUGGGCAUAUUUUUCUCGAAGAACGCCCGCAAGUUUUUCACUUCACCAGUCCUGAACUUCCUCGGCCGGGUAUCUUUCCCCGUGUACCUCCUCCACAACACGAUCAUUCGCACCGUCCUUGUCUUAAUGGUUUAUGGUCCCAACGUAUCCAAAACCCCUGCCACAGACGACAAAGGAAACCCCACCAUCGUGAAACGCAUCAGUCCGAUGAGCUUCCUUUUCGUUCUUCCAGUCUUUUACGCGAUUUUAUAUGUAAUUGCCUAUCUGUGGACCGUAUACGUCGACCCUCUUUGCGCCAAAAUGGUGGAUGCGAUGAAAAAUAGAAUGUUUGUGGAGGAACAGAAACCGCAGGAUAAAGUGGUCCCAUUGACGCAAGUUGCAUAGAGCCUCUCCGUCGAAGUAGAAUAGGGGCACGAUUUCAUUCUUUGGACGAAUAACGCCUUGGCUGACUCGGGAGUCCUAGCGACUCGUACCUUUUUCGAAAAUUUAUACCUCUAGAUAUAAACGAAAGAUCUUACGGCAGACCUGGCCAGCACCCUGCAUAGCACUAGCCAUCUUUGUUGCUUCCCCUCAAUCACACAGUCAAUUCAGGCUUUUAUGUCUACCCUGCUACACACAGCAUUUGGGUAUAAGCGUAUAGAGCAUUUACCAUCAUCUCCUUUCCAUAUUUCUUUACUUUUGUGUACCUCUUUCCCCUAGUCUCUCCCGCGGAUUCACUCAAAGCCAAGACUGCAAUCUACUCUCCAAUCUUAAGUGCAUGGCGGCUGCAAACAAUUUCUUGUUUCUAUAUUUUCUUUCUCUUCAAAUGGUCUCUGGGAAUUUUUCACUUGGGUUAACCUUUGGGUGUUAAUAUGUUAAGCGU